AAAACCCCGGAAACAGGGGAGGGAACGCAGCUCCAGAGGCCAGCGUUUUCCUAGUAACGCAUCACAGCACCCGUUGCCCAAAGAGCAUGUCCUACACGCGCACCACCGCGGCCCUCACCGACGUCGUCGUUGUCCAGUUCCUGCUGUCCACCAGACGACCAUGACCGGCACCCGUGUCGGCGGCGGCGGGGGCGCGCCGCUGCUCGUCGGGGACGGGGUGGCGCCGCCGUGGCGCGAGCGCUGCCCCGGGUGCCGGCAGCAGAGGAGGGUGCAGGCCACUGACCGGAUACCGUACGCGGACUUCCUCUACAUCUGGAUCGCCUGCCUAUGCGCCGCUCUGCCGAUCCAGUCACUGUUCCCUUAUCUGUACUUCAUGAUCAGGGACUUGAAAGUCGCAAAAGAAGAGCAAGACAUUGGGUUCUAUGCUGGUUUUGUUGGGGCAACUUAUUUCCUUGGAAGAACCAUCAGUGCUGUGCCAUGGGGCAUGUUUGCUGACAAGUACGGGAGGAAGCCAUGCAUCGUGAUCAGCAUCCUCUCUGUGGUUGUGUUUAACACACUCUUUGGCCUGAGUACAACUUACUGGAUGGCAAUUGUAACUAGGGGAUUACUUGGAUUGCUCUGUGGCAUACUGGGACCAAUCAAGGCCUAUGCUUCAGAAGUCUGCAGGAAAGAGCACCAAGCUCUAGGAAUCUCUCUUGUUACAUCAUCACGAGCGAUCGCCCUUGUUAUUGGACCUGCUAUUGGAGGCUUUCUUGCACAGCCUGCGAAAAAGUACCCAAAUCUUUUCUCUGAAGAGUCCAUAUUUGGGAGGUUUCCAUACUUCCUCCCUUGCUUCGUCAUAUCGGUACUAGCAGCAGGAUCUUGUAUUGCAUGCAUUUGGCUUCCGGAAACACUGCACUUUCACAAUGAUGACAAAGUAGAAGCUAUUGAUGAACUGGAGGCACAAGCUGGUGACUCCAAGUUAGAAGCUGGAAAUGCUAAAGAAUCUAGAGGUGAAUCUACAAAGAGUCUGCUAAAAAACUGGCAAUUGAUGUCAGCAGUAACCCUCUACUGUAUCUUUUCUCUCCAUGACACAGCUUAUCUUGAGAUAUUUUCACUUUGGUCAGUUAGCAGCAGAAAAUUUCGGGGCCUGAGUUUGACAUCCCAGGAUGUUGGAACUGUGCUGGCCAUCUCAGGUUUUGGUAUUCUGGUAUAUCAACUUGCAAUUUAUCCUUUCCUUGCCAAGUAUUUUGGACCAAUCAAACCAUUUCGUCCUGCAGCGGUCUUAUCCAUACUUCUCCUUGCAACAUAUCCCUUCAUGGCCAACCUACAAGGGCUGGAGCUCAAGAUACUUCUCAACAUAGCAUCGCUUUUGAAGAACAUGUUUGCUGCUACUAUCACUGUUGCGUGCAACAUUCUGCAAAACACUGCAGUGACACAAGAACAGAGAGGGGUUGCAAAUGGCAUCUCUGUGACUCUGAUGUCAAUGUUCAAAGCUGUAGCUCCAGCAGCAGCAGGAAUUCUGUUUUCAUGGGCUCAGAAGCACUUAAGUGGACUGUUCUUACCAGGUGAUCAGAUCCUGUUCCUGAUGCUAAACAUGGUAUCCGUUAUUGGUUUAGUUCUGACGUUCAAGCCAUUUCUCUCUCUGUCAAAUGUGAUGAGGCGUUCGUAAGUGUGUAUAUGAAGUUUGUCAGUUGUGAGUUAUAUCAGGCGCACUGUCAGAUUACAGUGUGUUUUGAACUGCAAGAGUUCAAGUAUUGUAAAGGCCCAUGCUUUUCUCCUUAUGUUCAGUAAUCAGAUGUAAAGGGUUCUCUGAAUUUUUGCAUAGGCACCGAAGGACCAGAUGCUUAUUGAUGAUAUCAUAAAAUUGAAAUGAGAUUUUGCUUGCCAUCGUUUUGUUU